ACAGAGAAUUUAGAAAGAAGAAUUGAUACGCAUCAGGCCUGUGAGGGCAAGUGCAUUCAAAUUAUUGAUAGCCAAAUUCCUGAAAUUGAUCUUGACCAUUUAUGGCCAACCUCCAACUGGAUAUUAAUAGGCCAAGGGAGGCGUAGCAAUGUGUACCAAGUGUCCAAAGAUAUGGCGUUGAAGGUAACCUCUUUAUUUUAA